AGACCUAACGUCCCGUAUAGUAAAGUAUUCGACGGCAUUCGACAGUAUUGUCGUGUUGGUCCUUGGGACUGAACCACUGUCUGAUUUCUGGCUGUCGCGUUCGCGCGAAGUGGACGAUGUCUGGGCAACGAAACGGUGGAUCUGAGAAUCCGGCGUGGGACGCAGGCGCGGAGUGCAUCGCCAAGUUCAAUUUCGAGGGCAUAUCGCCAGACGAUUUGCGAUUUAAAAAGGGCGAACUGUUGACGAUUAUCAGCGCGUCUAGGGAUCCGAAUUGGUAUAAGGCUAGACGGUCAGAUGGCAAAGAGGGAAUGGUUCCAGCAACAUACCUUAACCAGAGAGAAGCUGUAAAGUUACAGACCAUGCCUUGGUUUCACGGAAAGAUACGACGAGAAAAGUCUGAGGAAUUACUAAAUCCCAAGACAGACGGCCUGUUUCUAGUAAGGGAGAGCACGAAUUUUCCUGGGGAUUACACUCUUUGCGUUUGUUAUGAUGGAAAAGUGGAGCAUUACCGGAUUCUAUAUAGAGAUAAUAAGUUGACUGUUGACGAGGAAGAAUUCUUUGACAACUUGUUUCAGUUGAUUGAGCAUUACAAGGGCGAUGCCGAUGGUCUAUGCACAAGGCUACGGAAACCAUUAGACAAGGAGGGACAAAACAUUGCAGUAACAGUCGACGAGACAGCUUUCAAGAAAUCUGGUUGGGCGAUCAAGAGAGAAGAUCUCAAAGUAGGACAGUCCAUCGGGAAAGGAGAAUUUGGAGAGGUGCACUCGGGCAUGUACCAAGGCAAAAGGGUAGCCAUCAAGAGUUUGAAAAACGAUUCAGCUGCAAUUCAGCAGUUUCUGCAAGAGGCAUCACUCAUGACGAGACUUCGACAUCCCAAUUUGGUACAGUUUAUUGGCAUAUCGCUGGAGCCAAAGCCUGUCUACAUAGUGACCGAGUUUAUGGCUAGGGGAAGCUUAGUGGAGUAUUUGAGAUCAAGAGGUCGAGCAGUCAUCAGCAAGAAUGAUCUUCUCAAAUUUUCAAAGGACAUAUGCAGUGGAAUGGCGUAUCUUGAAUUGAAGGAAGUAGUACACAGGGACCUGGCAGCUAGAAAUGUUCUUAUAGAUGAAGACAACACAGCAAAGGUAUCUGAUUUUGGGCUUGCACGCGAGUCUCAUCACUUCCAAGAAGGUGGCAAGUUUCCGAUAAAAUGGACAGCUCCCGAGGCACUUCGACGAAAUGAGUUUACCACCAAGUCAGAUGUAUGGAGCUUUGGAAUCUUACUGUGGGAACUGUAUUCAUAUGGCCGAGUGCCCUACCCACGAGUGUCUUUCAAUGAUGUUGUGAAUCUCGUCGAGAAGGGAUAUCGAAUGGAUGCUCCUGAAGGUUGUCCUGAUGAAAUCUACAGUAUAAUGCAGAAAUGCUGGAACAUCGAACCGAGACGAAGACCAUCAUUUGAAGACAUCAACAAAUUGCUCUCUGGCAUAUCGUUUGUGUGACUGACAGCUAGUACUGUCAGGGCCCAUUUAGGGCUGACUGCUAUUUUGUUAUGUACAACUUGGUGGCAAUGUCAUUUUAGUUUGGGA